CUUCACCCAAUUCGCAGCUCUCCGACCUCUUUCUUCUUCUUCGAAAUUCUUCUUUAAGCCUCUCUCUAUAUGGAAGUCACUGGAAGGCUAGAAGACUGGGUACAAAGUGAGAAUUUGGCGGCGUCAUAGAAAUGAAGGUGAGGGUGGUGUGUAGGAAGCUGUACGAUUACGUUCGCUAUGAUCUGAAAGAGAUUGCAUUUCCAUCUUCGCUGCCAGACCCUCCUCAUAUCAAGAAGCGCCGCAAGCUCACAUGGAAUGAGCGGUUCUUGGUGUUGAAGGAGGCUUCUAGGCUGUAUGCUGCCAGCUGGGUUCGGGAUAUUGGUCCUGAACUGCGACCUAAUGAUUUUAAGGAUGAAGAGGGUGAAGAUAAAUCUGGUAGACCACAGGGCCCGGCUAAAGAGAAAGAACCCUCAACAUUAGAGGAUCUUGCUGUGGCUGCUAGAGGAGGAAUGGAGACAUUAAAGCCAGCUCUACAGCGUGUCUACAUGACAAGAGCUUCUGCAUAUAAAGAUGCUCUUCAAAGUUUUAUACAUGGGUACCAAGAAGGAAUCCAGCAGGUUAUGGAGAAAAAGGAAGAUUCCAAAUCUGAACAGGAAAGUGAUAAGCCUGAUAAAUCUACUUAACAUCUUCUGUAAGAGGCAGCAUACUUAGGUUUCCUCCUGCACAGCUACCGAGGCAAGUUAUUGCUGCAUCUAUAGACACAAGUUGUCGAGCUUUAGUUUUAGCUCAGUUUUAAGAACAUCUGCCAUGAUCAUUCAUUUGAGUGUUCAAGAAAUGUGAAUAUAAUGAAAAUUUGUAGUAUAUUUCUCUUUUGGACACACCAAACAUUAUCUAGUUUUUCAGAGUUUUGCACUUACAUGUUCCUUUUCUCUUUACAUGUGAUAGAAGCCAUGUUGACAUGCCUCUAGCUGUAGAAAAUCCUGAUUGUUGGCAGAAGUAUCCCACAGAGCUCGCUGAUGGAGAAAUUCUUGAGUGCGGUUGCCGCAUUGGCCAGCCCUACACAAGAUGCUCUCCGCCUGUUUGGUACUGCCAGUUUCAGUUUCUGUAGCAAGUAGUAUGUUAAAGAACACAAACAACAGCCCUUGAUUCAUUUUCCUCUUCAUAUUUCUUAUUGUUGGUCUUUUUGUGUUUUGCUGGCUUUCGGCCUGGGAGUACCACACAGCAGAGCAAGCUUUAUUGUAUGCAACUUACGUUUACCUUGGUGCAGAAUGCACAAAAUAUAGAAGUGGUGGGCAUAAAAACGGAUGAACUGAAA